CCAAACCAAAACCAAAAACGCAUCCUUUAUUUCCCAGCAAUUUCUUUGUGAAGCUUUCUCAUCCUUUUAGUUCAACUUUGAUUUCUUCUUUGUUGUUUUUGUUUGGCCUUUCCUCCAUAACAAAAAUCAAUCUCUAGAUUGUUUUUGUGUGUGUUCAAAUUUACUCGAUCAUCAAAUUCCAGAUCCUCUCACCAGGAAAUCUAGUUUGAUUUUGAAGGCCCCAAGUAUUUACCAGGACCAUGGGAAAUUGCUUCUCUGUACAAUUUAGUUUCGAGAAUAUUCUCAUUCGUGGUUGGGAUUCCACUGUAGGGCAUGCUAGUUACGUCUGCAAGCUUAAACAAACUCUUCCAGCUUUGUCUCCUGCUCUUGAUGAACUGAAGGCACAAAGGGAUGACGUGCAAACAAAGGUUGAUCUGGCUGAACAACGACAACUGAAGCGACUGGAGCAAGUUCAGCUAUGGCUUUCAAACGCAGAAACUAUUAUAACAGAGGCAGAGAGAUUAAUUGCUGAUGGCCCUGUAGAAAUAAACAACUUGUGUCUCGGUGGCUGCGUUUCCAUGAAUUGCCUGUCUACCUACAAGUUCGGGAAAAAGGUGGCCGAAAAACUUGAAGAAAUGAAACAUCAUAUGAAUAAAGGAUCUUUUGAGGAGGUAGCACAGACUCAGCUCACUGUGCUACCUCCUUCAGUUGCAGUAAGACCUGAAGAACAGCCAAUUGCUCUUGAAUCCACAAUCCGCAAGGUUUGGAGCUGCAUCGUCGACAAAAGAGUGGGGAUCAUUGGCCUCUACGGCACAGGAGGCGUUGGAAAAACAACACUCUUGACCCGAAUCAACAACAAGUUCAGCAACAAACCAGAGGGUUUCGACAUUGUAAUUUGGUCGCUGGUGUCUAAAGAUUACAAUGUUGAAAAAAUUCAAGACAGGAUUGGUGGGAUAACUGGUCUUUCUGAUGAAUCAUGGGUGAAUAAAAGUGUUGAGCAGAAAGCUGUAUGUAUCUAUGGGGUCUUGCGAAACAAGAAAUUCGUUCUAUUAUUAGAUGAUUUAUGGGAGAGGGUGGAUUUGAACAAAGUUGGAAUUCCAAAACCAACCCAAGAAAAUGGCUCCAAACUUAUUUUCACCACUCGUUCGUUGGAGGUUUGUGGCGAAAUGGAAGCUCGAAAGAAAAUAAGAGUGGAGUGCCUUCAACCAGAAAAGGCUUGGAAAUUAUUCCAAGACAAGGUUGGGGAUGAAACCCUCAACAGCCAUCCAGACAUUUUGAAAUUAGCCGAACAAGUAGCUAAAGAGUGCGCUGGGCUGCCUCUUGCUCUGAUUACAAUUGGUCGUGCCAUGGCUUGCAAGACAACACCUGGGGAAUGGAGAUAUGCAAUCGAGAAGUUGAAGCGAUCGACGUUACCUAAAAUGGAAAAGGAGGUAUAUCCGCUUUUAAAAUUCAGUUAUGAUAAUCUGUCUUCCACAAUGAAAUGCUGCCUCCUGUACUGCUGUCUGUAUCCUGAGGAUCAUAAUAUUCCCAAGAGGAGAUUAGUAGAGUAUUGGUUCUGUGAAGGGUUAUUGAAUGAAUUCGAUAGAAUUAGUGAAGCUCAAAUGGAAGGAGACCACAUUAUCAACUCUCUUCUUAGUGCUUGUUUAUUGGAAAGAGAAGGAUCACCGCUAUGUGUAAAGAUGCAUGAUGUGAUCCGUGAUAUGUGUUUGUGGAUAGCAUGCGAGCUUGAAGAGAAAGAGGAGAGUUUUUUUAUAAAAGCAGGGGCUCAAUUAUCAGAGGAGCCAGAUCUUACGGCAUGGGAAGGUGCAAAAAGAAUGUCGGCGAUGCAAAGUCAUAUUGUAGCUCUCAGAGGAACCCCUAAAUGCCCUAACCUUCAAACUUUGUUUCUUGGGGAAAAUACGUUGCAGUUCAUCGACGACGGUUUUUUUCAGUUUAUGCCUCAUCUAACUGUUUUGGAUUUGUCGAAGAACACAAAUUUAGAAGCACUACCAAAGGGAAUUUCACAGUUGAUUUCUCUAGAAUGCCUUGAUCUAUCCUCGACUGGUAUAGCAGAGUUGCCAAUGGAGUUGAAAUCUUUGACAAAACUGAAAAUGUUGGACUUGACUCGCAUGAACGAUCUCAGAAGAAUCCCACAGAAUUUGAUAUCUAGUCUUUCCAAGUUGCAAAUAUUCAGAUUGUGGGUUCAUCGCGUAAAUUACCCGCGGAAAGACAAUGUUCUGGAUGGGGAUGAAAAUGGAAAACUUCAGGAGGAAUUGAAAAGUCUGCAACAUUUGGAUAUACUAGAGAUAAAACGGUUGGGAAUAUUUAAAAUGUUAUGUAAAUAA